UCAAUCGUUUCGGUAUAUACAUGUAUGUUUGCGCGGCUUUGAUACACAAUAAAUAUUGAAUUUGCUUUCUAAAAAAUAAUUCGUCCUCUAAAUUGAAGAGCUAUGUCAAAUAAGGUCUCUUUUUUGCUCUGCAUAAACGUGCACAUUAAAGCAUCCACCGAUCAAGCGUUGAAAAAUCGUUUGAGAUGAAAAUCACAGCGGUCAUUUUUAGUUUUUAUUCUAAAACUUGCCUGAAAAAUUGUCAAUUAUAAUUUGUUUUUCAAAAGUGAAAUUUUCCUGAUUUAUUAAUUUUGUCUUCAAUCAUGUAAUUUGAGAUAGAAUUACUAGAAUUGUCCGUUCCAGCAGCAUUACAUCUGCAGCCGGUGUAAAAUAACGUCACACACGAACGUUCACGUUACAACGUUCAACAAGCAUUCUCGUUGCAUUCCAAACUGAGAUGAAAAAAGAAAAAAGAAUACAUCUGCUCAUUAAAGGUCACUAAAAGCGACCGAACUAUCUAUCAAUCAUUUUACGGCGAGUCGAGACUCACGCGCAUAAUUACGACAAGAAUUUACAUCUUGGUUAUGAGCCUGAAAUCUUGAGAAGUGUUUGGAAAAAUGGAGUCGCCCCCGGAAGAAGAGAUCGUGGAGGUUAUCAAACAUCCGGAUCAUGUGGAGCGAAUGUUGACCGACAUCAUUGAGAAAAUUGGCUACAAGAACAAAUGGCACAUGAUGAUUCUGCUGGGCGUGUGCAUUGUGACUAUUCAGGACGGGGGCAACAUGAUUUGGAGUGUGUUCGGAGCUGCUCACAUCCCCCACAGAUGUCUCAUCCCCGGACUAGACAGUCCCCCCUUCGCCAAUAUCUCCCCUUCAGUUAUACAUGAAGUGUUCUACAAUGACCCGCGCUCUUUUGGGUGCAAUGGGAUCCCAGCCGACAGACAGACAGGGUGCACCGCCCUGAACAUCAACACCUCCGCCCUCCUCCAGGAAGCAUCCUCGCUCAAUGUGUCCAUUGAGCAUCUGAUUACUCAUCCUAACCAAUCAGAGCUACUGAUGACGUCAGAGUAUGGACUGUGUAGUGAGAUGAGUGGGUUUGAGUUCAUGCCCAUGGAAGUUGAGGACUCCGCCGCCAAAGAGUUUGGUCUCGUCUGCGGUCGGGAGAUCUACAGACGGGUGGACAAGGCACUGUUUGUGUUGGGACAGGCAGUCGGCGCCUUCGUCCUGGGAUACCUCAGCGACAAAUACGGGCGUAAGAAGAUGUUGAUUGUGCAGUACAUUCUGGAACUAUUCUGCAUCCUGGCACUCGCCCUCUCCCCUCACAUUGUCAUCUUCCUCUUCCUCCGAUUUGUGGUGUCCAUGUUCAACAUGAGCAAGUUCCCUAUCGCUGUCACAUUCGGCGCGGAGGUGAUGAUGCCGCAGCACCGUGGUCUGAUUGGGAUGAUCCCCGGGAUAGAGAUAGGAGUGGGCAUGAUCCUCUACUCCUUCUUCGCCUACCUGAUCACUUCCUGGAGAUGGUACACUACAACUGGCAUGUGGUUCUGCCUCCCCAUCACUGCAUACUGGCUCAUCGCCAUGCCCGAAAGUCCUCGCUGGCUUCUGGAGAAGGGAAGAUACAGAGAGUUCCAAGAAAUAGUCAAGAACAUCGAGCGCAAAACGGGAAAAACUCUGGACCCAAAAAUGUGGUAUAAGUUAGAAGUGCUGAUUAAAGCAGAAAAGCGAAACACGACAGUUAAAGAGCAGUUCCAGAAUGUCUUCAGAAGUAAGUCUUCGGCGAUGUCAGACGCAGAAGAAGAAGAAGAAGACGAUCAACCGAGUGGCUUCCAAGAAAUUGGAAGGUCGCCGUUGUUAAUUAGAUGGCUCACCGUUUUUGCUUUUGUUUGGUGCGCCAACACUCUUCUUUAUUACGCCCUGACAAUGGGUCAGGAUCUGUUCAACCUCAACCUUUACUCUUACACUCUCAUCAACGGGUGCUUCGAGAUGGCCGGAGUGCUGCUCAUCAUGUUCUCCAUCAACUGGAUUGGGAGGAGAGCCAGCAUGAUGGGGGGACUCUUUCUCUGUGGGGUGUCGCUCGCAUUGUGCCAGGUGUUUGAACAGAAUGUGGUGUUAAAGCAGUUGUUUGCGUCCACGAGUAAACUGUUCAUCACUGGCACCUUCGACAUGGCCUUCCUCUACACGGGCGAAGUGAUGCCUACACUAGCUAGGACUACAGGAGUGGGAAUCUGUUCGUGUAUCUGCCGUGUGGUCGGAAUGGGGUUCCCCUUCAUAGAGAUGAUCAACUCCUACAUCCCCGGAGGCAGCAUCAUUUUCAUGGUCGUCCUAGCUGCAAUGGGCGCUGGCGCUUGUUUCCUUCUUCCGGAGACUAAAGGGCAGGAGCUUCCGGAGACGAUAGAAGACUGUGAGUUAUUGGCCAAUAGGAAACUGCUCAAGUUCCACCCAAAAGUCGCUGACACAGAACCCGAAAAAGAAGGAAUAGAAAUACAGUUGGUACAUGAAAAGAAAGACACCAACUGCUGACAACACGUAAAAAACAACAAAAGAAAAUAACAUCAGACGACUGCCUUCAAAUCAAUCUAUCAUUUGUGGGAAAAACGGGAAAAGCAAAAGCCUGAAUUUAUAACCGAAAUUGGACCACUCCGAGGAAAUAACAAGCGCAUAUAUGAAGAAACGUAAAAAGCUGUUAAACAAUUUUCAGACCGUAGUAAAAUCUUCUAUUCGUUCUGCAAAACAAACUUCGAUUUGCCGAACUCUACCCAGCACAAUCAUGACUUUUUUGUUUUGAUCUUUUUUGAGUUUGAUUGAAUGUCAUUGAACGAAGUUUGUCCCCGUCUUUGUGCACAUAGCUGGCAACAAAACUAAAAUUAGUAGGGGUAACAGAAAAGUUAACAAAUUUAAGUUAUCUAGAAAGGGGCAAUUAUGAAGUAACUAGAUAAACAGAAAGACAAAAAACUAGAACGUUUAAGAAGGGGUGACAAUUGAAAUGCUCAUUUAGUGUGUGGAUAGAAAACUUAUUUUCAAAAUUCCCAUUGAAAUUUUUUCCAUUGUUCCACAUUUCUCAAGUUGUUUUCAUUUUAUCGAAAAAGUGUCAAAUUUCACAAUUCUUGAAGUUGUAAGAACUUAAGGCUCGUCUAUUUUUUUUAAUCUGGUGUUGAAAAAAUAAAAAUUUAUUUUCGUA